AAGCGCUUUGGGGUCCUUAGGGACUGAGUAAAGCGCUAUACAAAUACAGGCCAUUUAGUGUUCCACUCAGAAAAUCCGCGUGCCUUCAAGAAACUGGUUUCUAUGAAGCUGAACAAACUGCUCGUGUGCGUGCAUGUUUUAUACAUGUGCUAAAUGUAUUUGUGCAGAACAUUGUGUGCUUUGGAGAAACAGCAGAGGAUCAACAAAGGUUCAGUUUUAAAUCCAAACAACAUGGAGAAAAACGUUGUGUACUGCCUGCUGUGCAACGAGCCCCAGCUCUCCAUUUCGACUCACCUGAGCAGAGUGUGCCUGAAAGACGGCACAGCACAGGAGAGGGAGCAAGAAGCUUCCAGAGCUACUGCCUCCCAGGAGCUGUUUUCCAAGGAAGGCCGACUAUGGAGCAUCUCGGAGCUGCAGGAGUUUUGCAAGGAUGCAACAUCUUGCAUCAAACUCUGCAGUCGCCUUCAGAGUCGUGGCUUUAUCUUCACAGACGCUCCCCAAACCUGGCCAACAGUGCUGCCAACACAGAGGUCUGAUAAGAAGGAAGUCCUCAUCGUGGCCAAAAAGGACAUCGAGUAUUUCCACCAAAAGCUUGCAGGCGGUGAUUGCAUCCCCAACGUUGCCAUGACAACGUUCAGGCAGUACUGCGAGGCCAUCCUGAUGUUACAGCACGGACUGACAUCAAGUGCUGUUCAGGAUUUUUCUGUGCAGGACUGGAUGGAGCGAAGGGAAAGCUUGAGGAUGACCAUCCAGGAAGAAGAACUGUUGGAGUGCUACUUUAAGAACAUCCGCCCAGUGUCCUUACGAAACCAAAGAGCUGGCAGUGAUGAUGGGGACAGGUUCUUCCUGGGAGAAGGUGGGGUCCCUCUGACCAACCCAGCAUUAGAUGUAGGGCGCCUGAGGGCCAGAUACCUGCGCAGCGACACUGAGGAUCCUGCAGCUGGGUCAGCGUCACACUCAGCAGGAGUAGAAACCCCGGGACAGGCCAGGUCCACUUCCACAAAGCGCCUACCUCUCAGAGAAUGGGAUGCCUUCCAGCGGACCUUCCCAGUAACACUAAAUGGAGAGCCACCUUCAAAACGCCGGUGUGUACAGGCUGGUUUUCCACACUACCGAGCCCACUACCACAAGUGGAGGGAGCUUCAGCUUAAGCAGAGAGUUCAGCACAUCCUCGGGUGUGUCACAAGAGGCAACGCCCCUCAGCGUGCAAGAGUACAGAUGGCAUUAGAUAAGGAGACCUGGUUCACCAACAAGCCCACUGUUGAUGCCGUCCUACAGGCCUGGGUUGCUCCACAGCCCAGGAUCCAGGACAGCCAGCCCCUCAUGUCCUCAAUUUCAGAGCAGAAAUGGAAGGGCCUGGCUUUGAAGGACUUUGGGGAGGAAAAGGGCAAAGGUGUGAUCGCCCUGAUGCCCUUCAACAAAGGAGACGUCGUCUGCGACUACCACGGGACGUGCAUCACCAAAGCUGCAGGGAAUCGGAGGCGGCAGUCGGGGUCUCUCUUCUUCUACAGGGACGAGUGCCACAGGGCUGAUGCCACUGCGUCCCCCUGUGCCUGCCACCUGCACAAGGACUCCUAUGGAAGGCACAUCAACCAUUGCCAAAGGAAUCCAAACGUGAGGCCACAAAGGUUCACAAUGAACUUCCCUGCUGGUCCUCGUGAGAGUGUGCUGUUCAUCGCCCUGAGGGACAUCGCGGUUGGAGAGGAACUCCUGUGGGACUAUGGAGUCUAGAGAUGGCACCGUGUUUUAUGUCCUAUCAUACAUUUGGAUAUCGGCCCAUACCGACAUGACUCUAAUAUAGUGUAUUUCAUAUAAACAUGGGCCAUAAAAACUAAAAAACACCAUCAAUGGCCAGUCCAGCUGUGGCUCCAUAUAUCUUUCUCAGAGGUGAAAUGCAGGUUAACUCGGUCCAUCCCUGAUGGAGUCACCCAUAAAUCCUUCGACUGGACAUUUGACUUGAGUUGUCUUUGUUUUUUGUUUUGUCUGACCUUUUCUGAUUAAAAACAUGUAAAAAUGUGA